GGCAACGACGUCGUUGUAUUACAGUCGUUCUUCUUCUUCUUCUUUGUUGACGGUGUCGUUGAUCUGAAUCGAAUCUGGGAUCCGAUCGCAGCAGCAAGCAAUGGCGGGGGCAGCCUCUGCUCUGUUCCUCCUCGAUAUCAAAGGCCGCGUCCUCAUCUGGCGCGACUACCGCGGCGACGUCUCCGCCGUCGACGCCGAACGCUUCUUCACCAAACUCAUCGAGAAACAGGCCGAUCCGCAGUCUCAAGAUCCGGUUGUGCACGACAACGGCGUGACCUACAUGUUCAUUCAGCACAGCAACGUUUACCUCAUGAUAGCCACAAGACAGAACUGCAAUGCCGCGAGCCUUCUCUUCUUCCUGCAUCGAAUCGUCGACGUGUUUAAGCACUACUUUGAAGAGUUGGAAGAGGAAUCGCUUAGAGACAACUUCGUCGUCGUGUAUGAGCUACUUGACGAGAUUAUGGACUUUGGCUACCCUCAGUACACUGAGGCGCAGAUUCUUAGUGAGUUCAUUAAGACCGAUGCUUACAGAAUGGAAGUUACGCAGAGACCUCCCAUGGCUGUGACUAAUGCUGUGUCUUGGCGCAGCGAAGGGAUAAACUAUAAGAAAAAUGAGGUUUUCUUGGAUGUGGUGGAGAAUGUUAAUAUACUUGUCAAUAGCAAUGGACAAAUAAUUAGAUCUGAUGUUGUUGGGGCAUUGAAGAUGAGAACGUAUUUGAGUGGUAUGCCUGAGUGCAAACUUGGCUUAAAUGAUAGAGUAUUAUUAGAGGCGCAAGGUAGAGCAACCAAGGGAAAGGCUAUUGACUUGGAAGACAUCAAAUUUCAUCAGUGUGUGCGUUUGGCUCGAUUUGAAAAUGAUCGUACAAUUUCCUUUAUACCACCUGAUGGGUCGUUUGAUUUGAUGACGUACAGGCUCAGUACACAGGUUAAGCCUUUAAUUUGGGUGGAAGCAAAUGUUGAAAAGCAUUCUAAGAGUCGGAUUGAGAUUAUGGUUAAAGCUAGGAGUCAAUUUAAGGAACGUAGCACUGCCACAAACGUUGAGAUUGAGUUACCUGUGCCUGUUGAUGCAACCAAUCCUAAUGUCCGAACUUCAAUGGGAGCUGCAUCAUAUGCACCUGAAAAGGAUGCAUUAGUCUGGAAAAUUAGAUCCUUUCCUGGAGGCAAGGAGUAUAUGUUAAGAGCAGAGUUUCGUCUUCCCAGUAUAACAGAUGAGGAAGCAACUCCAGAGAGAAAAGCUCCUAUACGUGUGAAAUUUGAGAUACCAUAUUUUACUGUUUCUGGAAUACAGGUAAGAUAUUUGAAGAUUAUUGAGAAAAGUGGGUAUCAGGCUCUUCCAUGGGUGAGAUACAUAACGAUGGCUGGAGAGUAUGAACUAAGGCUUAUUUAAGAACUUGUAUCUUUCUUUGGAGAAUUGGAGCUUGAAUUCCACCAAAUAAUCGUGUCAACUUCCAUGGUCAAUGAUUUUAAACUGGUGGAUGGGAGAGGGACUCAGAGAAAUUAGUUAGAGUUUACUUGGCCUGAUCAUAUCUCCCGUUAUGAUAGUUGUUUGUUUUGGCAACGGAUCGUAAGUUGCUCAUUGUCUAUAAAGUUCAUAACUACAAGUCAGGAAUUGUCAAGUGUAAGGCUGUAUCUUCUGUGUAAGACCUUUUGUUCAAUCUGUUUUUGGUUGGGAAAAUGUUUGAUUUUUUUUUUCCUUUUGUUUUUUAUUUACGAUCUGUCAAUCUUUUCCCGUUGUCUUCAAUUUGAUUCAUAUUUGUAAGAGAAUUAUUAGCUUUUGUAUUACUAAGGUUGAAUUUUUUUUCUCCUCUUUA